GUUUCUCUGGCGACAUCACAACAAUAAUACCAGAUUUAUUUACUUUUCAGAGGAGGGACUGCACAUUAAUAACUAUAAUAAAGCUAAUUUCUAUUUAACAAGACACACAGGAGUUCUAUAAUUAUGUCACAACAAGAAAUGAUGAGUAACCCACCGUUUAGGUCAAUGGUACGAGCCUCUGGUCUCGGUGAAGUGUGGACACAUACUCAUGACGAAUCAAAGUUCACUCAGUUUGGAUGGAGAAGUACAACUAAGGAAUGUUCUUACAACCAACCGACUCUCAUAGGAAAUUGGAACGAGGACAAAUUUGAUAUUGAACGACAGAAAAAGUCCAAAAGACUGCCAUCACAGUUCGAGCAUUACUUUGAACCAACAUACGAUGUAUCCUACAAUAAAAAACCUGUCCAUGUUGUACCAGAAUCGCUAAAGCAUCAAAAGGCACGCCACCCGCAUGCACAUCCAAGCCACCAACCAGAACUAGACGACCCAAGUCUUAAGGCUAUCUACAACAGUUGGGAAACAACAACUAGAGCAGCCUAUAUAGACCCCAGGGUCAAAACUGCACCCAUAAACAAUGGAAGUACACAAUUAGAAUCACAUGGACAAUUAUACACUGGAGAAUCUCAGUCUAAUACGAGACAAAAUGCGCAAUAAAGAGGACUUUUUAGAUACAAUUUUAUACUAUUUGGGAUUUCGGAGUUGAACGUUGAAUCAGAAUAAAAAAUAUAUGCUAUUAAAAAAA